GCGGGGGCGCCUUUAGGCGGCGGACAGCGGUGCGGCGUGGUUUGAUGCCCGGGCUCAGGCGGUGGGAGCGGCGCAGGCCGCACCGUCGUGCCGGGGGAACGUGCUCGGUUCCCGUUCACUCGCGUUGUGAGGCUCGUCCCGGCCAUUCACCAACAGGACGGUGCCGUGAGCCGCAGCUGGAGGCGGAUCCAGGCCCCAGCCCCAGGUGCGCGGCCUCUUCCACCACCUGCAGCCACUUCCCGGCCUUAUUCCCUUUGCUAUCUCUAAAGAACACCGUCCUUUGGGCCCGUUAGUUCCAGCCAACAUGGAGCGUGCUGAGUUCGGUGUGGUGCAGGUUCCAGCCUUGGAGAAGCCAGAAUCGGCUCAAACUGCAAGUUGUGCAUCCAUAGAGGAUGGAAGCCGUGAUACAUUGAACAUCUCCAAACCAGAAAGUGCCCCUGGAGGUAACACAGCGAUAGAGAAACCAGCGUCAGAUGGAGCUGCACAGAAGAAGAAGAAAAAGAAGAAACAAAAUGCAUCUGUCAGUAAAAAGAGCACGGAGGAAACUGAGAUCAAGGGGAAGGCAAAGGUGGAAGCGAAUGGAUGCCAGAGUAAAGAUGCAGCCCAGCAGGAUGAGAGCUCUCAGUCAGAUGACCAGCUGCAGAAAGAGGUGGAUUGGUGUGUGGAGCAACUGGAAAUUGGCCUGAAGACACAGAAAUCCACUCCCAAGCAGGUCGAGGAGGCUCUCCGUGCAAUCAAGACGCUGCGCAGUGACAAGGCUCCACUGGUAAAGAAACGUCAGAUCAUGAGAACCAUAUUUGGAGACUACAGGAAGAAGAUGGAGGAGGAGCUGUGCAAACAGCUGAAGCUCAUGCUAUCAGAUGCAAAAUCUGCCAAGAUUGUGGAAGUGCAGAACAAGAAAUGCCAGGUCAUCAGGAAGCGCUCCGGAGCGUGCAGGAAAAGCCAAGGAUCAGCAGGAUCCCCUCCGGAGUCACCCAGCACACCUGACACAGGCACAGUCAGAUUCACAGUUUCUCAAGAAGAGUUUCGCUUUAAUUUCUUCUAGGACAGCCUUUUAGAUUGAAACCAUGGUACAGACUCUUCCAGAGCUCCUAUAAACUUAAGAAGAAUGCUUUGCAAUGGAAAAUGUUAUUGAGGAAUCUCUGUUUUUCUCCUAAGGAAAGGAUUUGCCUUCUGAGUGCCUUCGGAGGUGCAAAACAGGUCUGUCAACCUGGCAUGUGAGCCCAAGACUCAAUCUACUACAGUAAUCCUCUGUGCUCACACUGUUACAAUGUCACUUUGCAGCAUGGAGUCUGGAAGGCCCUGGUUUUUUUGUUAACUUAAGAAUGUCUUUUAUACUGGGAGCUUCUCCCACUCUCCUAUUGCCUUUAAAUAGAGCAGGCUUUUUUAGCAAGUGAGGACUUGCUAAAACAUGCAUGAAAAGGAACGCUCUGUAAAGAAGACCCAGCUUCUGCAAAGGGACAAGAGGGGAGGCAGUGUAAGCACACUGGCUGUCUGGGUGUAUCCAUUCCACCUGACAGCUGUGCAAAUGCAGCUUCUGGUGUCAAGGAAGCACAGGGCAGUGUGUGUAAUAGAGUAAAAAAUUUCAGAAUCUGGGAGGAAAAUGAGUGAGAAUCAUCUUUGCUCUUUCAUCUGUUUAAUUGGCAGGCACUGAUUUAGAAGAGAACAGCAAAUGCUGAUGCAUUCCAGCCUAGGGAUGUUAGAGCAAUUGUUUCCAGUCAGGAAAAGAUUUAUGUUCCUGAAAUCAGCUCACUUUGAAAUAGCUCAGUUACAACCAGCAGCGACUCAGAGGGUAACUCAGCUGUAUGCUAAACUUCGGGUGGUGCUGAACGGCGAGAGCCCAAAGGUUCUCUUGCAUUUGAUUUGUAUUAAAUCUUUGCUUUCUGAUCAGCUGAAUGUUUCUCUCCUCUGUCUCUGGUCUGUGUCAGCCUGUCAGCCCAUCUCCUGUGUUCAUGCAGAAGUUUUUCCCCACUCAGCCUAAAAAAGCUGGAGGAACAGAAGUCCUUUAAAAGGAAACAGGGUAUUGGAUGGCCCUGCAGUGCAGUGCUUUCCUUCCUUUUUAUAGUCCAGUCAGUCAUCCUGUAUGAGGAGCAAGAAAUGGAAGGGUUGGCAGAUUCCAGUGUGUGCUGAGAGCAGCUGAGAGUUGGUGGGAAACACUUACAGAGAAAGACUUGGAAAAAAAGCCCCAAACCUCGUGCUGCCUACAAACAGAAACGGAUUUUAUUACUAAGAGGCCUUUUGCAUCUGCCAGGGUAUUUUUUUUGUUUAAAAUAUGUUAAAUUGGGACUGUCAAGGCAGAACGAGAAACGGAACAUGAGUAGCGUGUGCAGUGAGUAGGACUAUGGAGAGGAGACAGAUCUGGAAGCCAGUAGUUCAGCUGAUCCUCGUGGUUUGCUGGGAAGCACUGCAGGCAUUUUGAUGCUGGAACAACCGGUGUUCAUUUUACUUCCAGGAUUAAGCAUACGAAAGCUGCAUUUUUCUCAAACUUAUAAUGUUUUCAUGCCAUUUUCUAAGGUCAGCAGUGUGUUGUAUAUGACCUCAGGACUGCAGUUCUUUCCUUACCUUGCUGGCUAUGCAGAAUAUGCCCAGGAAAUAGUUGUGGCUGUUUUUCCUUCUCUUUUUCCAGAGGAGAGCUGGUGAGGUGUGGUGCCUUCCUGUGCUGUGCGAGGCUGCAGGAGCAUUCUAGGAAGCAUUCUCACACAUUCUUGCUUUGGGCUCUUUUAUGCCCGUAUUCACUAUUAGAACAGUGAUACCAGUGAGAUGAGUGUUCAGUGUGACAACCAGCCAUGUUAUCUGCGAGGAAAGAGGGGAAAAAAAGCUAUUUUCAUAGGUGAGAGACUGCUGUGGUUUUUCAGAGGUUUUCAUAUAAUGACUUGCAAAGCCUACACAUAUUCCUUUUGCAGGACUUCUUUACUGCCAUGCUUGACCUGGGUUACUGUUAUUAGGGUCAGGGACCUCGGUUCUGGGAAUGAAGUGAGGAAUUUUGGAGUUGUUUCAGUGGCAGAAGAAUGAGACCGAGUGCAUUAACACACAGUGGCAGCAGCGGGAUGGCUGCAAUCUCUGCUCCUUUUAGGCUUGGCAGCCCCAUCUGUAAAAGGAUCCCCUAGCAAAGGUUAGGAAACGCAAUCCCAUUCCAUGCAGACCCUGACUCUGAGGGGAGAGCGGUGCUGAUGGCUGAUGGCUGCCCUCCCACCUCACAGGCUGGCCCUGUCCUGGCAGCUUUUUGUCCGUUUCCCUUUUGGCUGUUAGCUUUGGUUGGUAAGUUCUUCCAAUCCCCUCUCAGGCUCAGUCAGUGGAAAUGCAUUUAUUGGUCCCUGGGCUGCCUGUCCUCUGCAUUGAGCAGCUGGGGGGCAGAGCCGCUGCAGAGCAGCCUACAAAGGCUCUCCAAGGGAUCCCCACUGAGUGCAGCUGGAACCACCUCCCGAGGCCUGGGAGCCCCUCUCCCAACAAAACCCGGCCUGCUGAAUCUGUAACUCAAGGAACUGAUAUCCCCUUCUGACAGUUGUUUGUGGAGUGCUGGGUGUGCACUGUGGAGGUGGCAUCUCAUGACCCCCAAAGGAUAAAGCAAUCAAUGAUCUUCCACAGGGGAGGAAAAAUCCAAUCCUAUCUUAUAUUCUCUUUGAAUUAGAAAGAAGAAAACCUUACCACCUCAAGCAAGAGAAGAACUCAAAUCCCACGUAAGGAGAAAAGAUUUCUGACGAGUAGUAAGCAUUGUACCUGCAGUGUCUUAACAAACCCAAGGAGGAAUACUUCUGUUUUCAGAUAUCUGGGGUAUGACGGAUGAUCCUCUGUCUUCCUGCUGAAGUGAUUUUACUCCAAGGACAAAACUGUUCUUUUUUCUUUGCUUAAAUUUACUUCUGCUGUCCAGCGCUGCUUUCAUUCUUGGAACCGAAGGAAAGUCUGCAAGCCACAUUGCUUUAGAAAACUGAACUUUGACAUUACGUUAUUGCGGUGCUUUGAUUACUGGCAGCAGCCCUUUCCCGUGGAUACUGACACACCUGCAGCGUUUGGCACAUCUGCCUUUUUCCCUCUGAGUACAUUGACAAGCAUUAGCCGCCGAGAUGGAAGAAGUCUGGGUUGUGUAUCUGUGCCUGAUCUUGUUUGUCAUUGUGGUUUUUCUAAUGAAGCGUAACCCGCACGUGGAGGAGGUCAAGAAAGAGCUGGAAAGCAAAAGCCCUCCACCUUCCUCUUCCUUCUUUCCCAGUAAUGUUGGCAAACAACUGGAGCACACCCAGGAGGAGCUGGAGCACUACCUGGAGAGGUUAACCCACGUCUUCUUCGAAACAGACGCCAGGAAAAGGGAGGGUCACCAUGACCAGAAGUCCCACCAUCACCAGCACAAAAGUGACGAUGCUACAUCUGAAGCUGUGGAGCAUUCAGGAAAGGAAGCAGCUUAUUCUCCACAUCUGGCAAGCCACACAAGGGUUCAGGCGUGAAACAGCCAGCCAGCCUGAGACCGACAGCACUUAGAGCAGUUGCUGCUCCGGUUUCCAUGGCGUGUGGUGGCAGCUUGCAGAACUUAGCAGCAUUGCAGCCUUCCUGGAGGAGACCUGGAGUGAAUCAAGGGGUUUGGUGGGGGAGGGAGGGGUCAGGGCAUCUUUAUGGCAUACCCGGGUGAGGGGAGGAGGAAUACUCAACAUUGCAGUUCCACUUUAGAUAGGGCAAAGAGCUUGCCCUGUGCUGAGGCCAGGUCAGGUACGUUUGUUGUUUCUUGAGAAUAAACACUCCAUCUUGUUUGUAGAGCUGCAGUGUUGAUCUAAUCAGGAAUUCACUGGCAGCAUCCAGCACAGCUGCUGGGGCUGGCAGGCAUUGCCCUGCACCAAGAGAAAAAAGCAAUGCCUAAAAACAGAAGGCAGAAUCUCAAGAAGCACCAAAUGAUUUGGCCUGGCCAGUUUCUUUUUGACUUAGGCACUGCAAUAAGUGCCUGUUUCGGGUACCUUGCAGAAUGCAAAGCUAUUCCAGGACCUGAGGACAUCGAUAGCUGGCAGCUGCCUGGCUUGACCCUUCUGGCUGAACUGAGAUGGGGUUUGCACACACACUGACACCGGGGGCUGGCAGCACGUAGCUCCAUCAGGGGGUGCCGGGCAGAAGCUGUUGCCUGCUGCUUCAGUUCAAUAUCUGCAGAUUCAGAGAGGAGCCAGUGAGUGUUGGGGCUUUGGAGGGUUUUCCCUCUCCAAAGCCCUCUCCCAUAUGGCAGAACUUGAAAGUCAGAGAAGUUGGAUGUGACCAGUGACACUGGGAGACAAUGACAGAGGCUCAGUGGGGAAGAAGAGUAAACAGUAGGUAGAAAUGCUUUGGGUGCUGAUCUGUAACCCACUAAACCCCAUCCACUGGCUUUUCAGUCCCUUCUUUGCAAUGUAAAGGCUGCCCCGAAGGCCUUGCAGCGCUCCCUCAUCUGCUGCGAGUGCUUAACAUCCUUGUGCUUCAGUCCCUGUGAUAUUUAGUAAUUUAGUCUGCCAGGAAAAAUAGAAAAAAACACCCCUACAGAUCUCACAGUUGACAGCCAUUCCAGCCAGCAAUGGGGGAAGGAAAAAAGCUGAAGUGGACAAAUAGUGAGGAUUUCCUCGGGAUUCAUCUAGAAUGGAUGCAGAUGAGCAGCAUAAAGGUGCUGGAAAUAGCCUCUAAGCAGACAAUGGCUGCCAGGGUCGCCCUGUGAGUGGUGCUGCCCUUCCAGGCAGACUCCUGGCAGCACACACAGCCUGCAGCUCCUGUAGCUCUGCCCCAGCUCACCCAGUCUUCCUAAGGCCCAACAUUUAAUCCUAAGGGUGGGAAGCGUGUCCUCACUGGGGCUGCAAACUCCAGCCUGAAUACUUCACCUUGCCCCUCGGAUGAGCACAUAACCCCUCACCCAAGCAGCAAAUGCCUGACAUCUCUCAGCCUACAAGGGACAGGCCAGCAGCCCUGAAAGCGCUUUGCUGGAAGCAGCACGGAAGUCUCCAGCUUCAGGAGGGCAGUGCAUGUUAGACUUGCUUGCGGAAGUAGCUUUAGAAGCAGCACACGCAGCAGCCUGCGCUGUAGAAGUAGCAGUAAAAUGAAAAGAUCCUGUGAACACAGGGAGGAGCUCAGAGAUGCCUCUGCUGCAGCACAUACACGGCUGAGCACAGCUCAGCACAGCUGGGUGCUGGCACAGGCUGGGGACAGCCAACAACCUCACACCUCCCAUGGCCAUCCAGGCACCGGCAGUUGGGUACCCUGGCCUUGCUUCAGGGUGCCUGGAAGUCUUCCCAAGGCAGCCUCCAGCAGCACGUGUCUGUGUGCACAGCAGAGUCAGCCCGUUCCUUGUAUGAACCAUGCGUGAUCGGAGCAAAACCAAUAAACACUGAGCUCUUAGUGCCUCCUGCCUGCUGGAA